AUGGAUCCCCAGAACCCGGUGCCGCAAUCAUCUACGCCUGACGAGGAGACUGUGAGUUCACUGCUCAAACUCAAGCGCAAAGCACGGGCUGUCAAAGCCUGCUUUCCUUGUCGACACCGCCGUGUGCGCUGUGAUGGCGGCUCUCCUUGUUCCAGCUGUGUAGCGCGUGGUCAUGCUGAACUCUGUCAACGUCAACCGGCCCCUUCCAACACGAAUCCGCAUCAAGCUACUCCAGCAGCGCCUGUGGAUCCAUUUGCUCAAUUGCCUAAUAAGGCUGGCCUAGGAGAUAGAAAUUCGGAUGAGGACCCAAAUCUCGUGAUCCAGCGCCUGGAGCAGAUCGAGCAGCAGAUUACGUCUAUCAAGGCCGAUCUCAAACGCCAAGCCCAAAGCAGAUCCGUCGCAACGCCAACUAUAGGGUCCAUAUCGAUCCCUGCAAAGGCAGCGGGUCGACAUUUUAUAGAGCGUGAUACUGGUGCCACAAUCUUUCUGGGGAGCCAAGCAGAUCCACCCUCGGCUCUGGGCCUCAUUUCUUUGUUAAGUCCUGCCACAGCGACAGAGGAGCCAGCACCACGGACGUAUGCUUUCACCAACUUGUGGGCGCCUGAAGUGGCCAUUGACGAGGUCUGUAAGACCUUGCCGGAAGAUCGUGAUAUGAUACGCUAUUGGCAAAUCUACCAAGCGAGUGUAUACCCUUAUUACCCAGCACUUGUAAGUCUGGACGAGUUCAGCGUGUCACUAUUCGCCUUCCUUGAUUGUGGCCUUGCGGAGAGAUCCAGGACAGCUUCUACAUGGCUUGGCCUGCUAUUUGCGGUCCUUGCGUGUGGCGCUCAGUUUUCAGAUGAUGCUAUUGAGGAGCGGGAGUUACGGUCCAAAGUUUUCAUUUGUUCUUCGUUCCAAUGCUUGAGGAUUUCGAAUCUCUUCAACAACGCGGACGUGAAUACCAUCCAGGCCAUGGCACUCAUUGGUCACUGCCUACGCAACAACUUGGACACGAAUACCGCAUGGAUUGUCAUGGGUUUGACAAUUCGUUUGGCACAAAGUAUUGGCUUACAUGAGGAACCACCGGGGACAGAUUCUCCAGGACCAGCCAUGAGAAGGAAGCGGCUAUGGUGGAUGCUGCUUUGGCAAGAUGCGUUUCUGUCAUUUACCUAUGAUCGGCCGCCUAGCACGAGUUUCGCCACCGUUAGCAUCCCGUACGAAUCUCCAAACGGAUUUACAUUCGCCGAUUCAACGAUUACCGUCAUCAAAAUCAUCCUGGAUCGAUCGAGAGAAGACCCAGGCCAAAUCAACAGCUUACCGCGUUUUGAGCACUACAGUCGCCAGUUCUCAGCAGUCCUUAAGAAGGCUGCACCAUUUCUCCAAGACAAAACACAUUGCCGGACGCUCCAGGAGCAUCUGGAAAGACUCGCACUCAACAUCCAUAUCGGCUACGCGCGGUGUCGCGUUUACCGCCUUUACUUUGAGAACAAUAAGUUGGACCCAACCACAAAGGAGUCCCAGACUCUCGAGUAUAGCUCGUAUGCGGCCAGCGUGGUGCAAAGCUUCCUCGACAUGCACCGACUUUCCGCGAAUGCUUGCCGGGCAUCUGCUUUCAUUCAUAAUGUGGUGAGCUCGGCUGUGGCACUGAAAGGGCUGAUGGCCAAGUCGUCAAACUCCGAUCAUAUCUGGGACGCCAGCUUCGAGCGUUCCAUACAGCGCCUGAUAAAAGUCUUGGAGAGAGAACAAGAAAAAUCAGAAUGGACUGACUCUGAUACCAAUGUCCGACAUUUUGGACCCUAUUCAAGAGCACUUUCAGCACUGAAGGAGGCAUUUGAUUCAAGAUAA